CUACAACAAUUUGAGAUUAGUUAUUGCCAUGGUUUCAUAAGAUUUUGUGUUUAUGGACACCAAAAUCUUCGAACAGUUGGUAUUUCUGACACCGCUGUUGAGAUAAUUGAUAUUGAUGCUCCAAAUCUAUCUAAACUUUAUGUAGCAGGCGUGGAUGAAAGAGGGCCACCACAAUUGAACUUGGCUACAUGCAAAAAAACUAGCAUCGUUGUAUUACGAAGGCCAAAAUCUGAAGCGUCUUACCGACUUUUUAUCCGACUUCCCCGUCCUUAAAUAUUUGGCUUUAUUUAGUAGUGAACUGAAGACAACAAUCUGAAGUUGUCAAGUCAUUCGUUGAGGGCAUUGGAGUUAAAUUCAAAAUUUAAUUUGGAAGAAAUUGAGUUUAGUACCCCAAAUUUGGGUUUAUUUGUUUACUCUGAUGUUGGCCAGUAUUCUUGGCUUGGGAUAAGGGAUUUACCCCAUUUGAAUGCAUGUAUGCGAUGCUAUCCCGACGCCUCUAUAGAUGCUCUCUGGCUCCAGAAGGUGAGGCUCUUUUUAAGCAAGAAAAAUGGAUUCAAAGCUUUGAACUUGUAUAUUUGCUUGAGAGAGAAGUUCAUAGUGUUAGAAAAGAUAAAGGAGAUUGAGUUGCCACCUUACAAACUCGAGCAUAUUGAGAUACAUUUUGUGGAUAAAGAAUCAUCAGAUCAUGCGGCUUUUGUGGAUGCAGUACUUUGUUGUUUCCGUCCUCGAUCUCUAACCCUAAGAUCAUCCUUUUCUUUAACUAAUUUUGAAGAACAAAGUGUUCUUGUCAAGUUUACGUACGAGAAGCUACUUGAACAAGAAAAUCAAGGCCAUACACUGAUUCAGAUUGUGUCGCCUUACUCUUCCAAAGCACAUAGCCAGUUUAGGGGCUUGAUGUUAUUGCCCGAGCCAUUACCUCGUGAAGAAAAAGCAAUUAGCUUCAUAAAGGAAGAAGGUACACAUACUAGUUACUUAUUUUUAUGUACAUUCUUUACCUCACAUGUUAAUAUCCAAACAGAAGAAGCAUGAGAUCAAAGGUUUGGAGAUUUUGUGGUGCGUUGGAUGCAGGAGUCUAUCAGUUGAUUUUGACAAAUUCGACUUAAAACAUUUAUAAGUAAUAUGCUUUUUAAUAUUUACGUAUGUAGUGAUGGUUUUGAAUUUGAAUCAUGACAAUGAUGUCUAGACUAAUCCAUGUAUUGGGAGCUUUCGCUUGCUUACUCGUCGUUCAAAUUAUAUAUCUUUGUCC